AUGCAAUCGAGGCCCCUAUUUGCACUUUCUUUAUUCCCUUCUUCGCUUCCGCUUUGCUGCUUCCUGCUGCAGCAGCUGUUUGGUGAGCAGCAAACAGCAGUAGCAGUUUCUGCUGACGGCAUAACCAUUCAAGCAGACCUCUCGCGUCUCUCGCUGCUGCCCCCCUACAGCAGCAGCAGCAGCAGCAGCAGCAGCAGCGGCGGCAGCGGAGUAGGAGGAGGAGGUGCAGCAGCAGCAGCAACAGCAGCAGCAGCAGGCGACAGCUAUAGUGAGGCCGUUGCACAGGGGGCCCUUCAGCUUCUCCCUCUGUACCCUUUAGAGGGGCCCCUAACCUGCGCUGCAUGCAGUGCAGCAGGCUCUUACCUAGCGGUAUGUGAGUGGGGGGGGAGGAUCCAGCUGCUGCAGCAGCAGCAGCAGCAGCAAGAACACCAAAUGCUGCUGGCGCUUGAAGCGGCAGCACGCAGGGAAGCGGUUGCUGCUGCCCUGCAGCGGCAGCAAGAGCAGCAGAAACAGCAGCAACAGCAGCAACAACAGCGUAAUCCUUCCUCCGAAAGCAGCAGUAGCAGUAGCAGCAGCAGCAGCAGCAGCACAAGCAGCAGCAGGCCUCGAGACGAAAGCAGCGUGUGCAGCUGGGGGCCCCCCAUGGGCCCCCUACCGGGGCUAGAUAGCUUCUUGCUGCUGUCUUCUGACCCAGCAGCAACAGCAGCAGCAGCAACAGCAGCAGCUCUCAGGGGCCCUGAAACUGUCUCGCUCUGCUGCAGCCGGUACCUGCAGCGACAGCAGCAGCAGCAGCAGCAGCAACAGCAGCAGCAACAACUCGGUAUUCGCAGCGCUGGAGGUGAGGCCUGUGCUAUAGAAGAACUUGCUGAGGAAUUUCUGCUGCUUGAAGCACUUAGCAGCAGCAGCAGCAGCGGCACCAUUAACCUAGGGUUUGCGCUGCAGCCUUGCUGCUGCAGCUGCACAACACCUGGCAGCUGCACAGGGGGCCCCUUGCUGCAGGGGGCCCCCUGCUGCUGCGAUCUUACCUCUGAAAAGUGGGUAUUCCCUGUUAGUUCUCUUGCUGCUGAAUUGAAUGGGGGGGCCCCCCUGGGGGGCCCCCCCACUGCGUCUGACUGGGGGGGGGCCCCCGAGGGUACUGGGCAGCAAUGUUUAAGGGGCCCCCCCGCUCUUGGGGGCCCCCAAAGUGGAUGGGGGGCCCCUGUUUCUAUUGAAGGGUCUUCAAGCCUCAACAACCCAGAAGAUGCCGUUUGCGGGGCUGUGCUAAAGUAUGUGGGACCCCCCGGGGGCCCCCGCUGCGGAUGCAGCAGCAGCAGCAACAGCGGCAACAACAGCAGCAGCAGAGGCAGCAGCAAGAGCAGGGGAAGCAGCAGCAGGAGGGGUGGCCGUCGCAGCAUGCGCGGCAGCGGCAGCGGCAGCGGCAGUUGGGAGGGGCCCCUCGGGGGGCAUGGGGGCCCCUGGGGGGCCCCCUUGGGGGCCCCUAAUGAAGAGUUAACAGGGUACUAUGCAAUUGAAUUGCUGCACAGAGAUGAUAUGAGGCCCCCCACUCCACUUCCUUUUUCUUUGUUUGCUUGCGGUGGGUCGGCAGCAGCAGGAGGAGGGUAUUGCUCUGCCUCUACACCUCAUGCGGCGGGUACUCCUGCCGCAGCAGCAGCAGCAGCAGCUGCUGCUGCUGCUGCUUCCAAUCAAAUCCUAUACAGCAGCAACGGCCCCUCACGUGAACUCUGUAUCCGCAAGACAUGCGGGCUCCUCACAGCUAGGGGGGGCCCUUCACUUUCAAAGGGAUCCCUCUUUACUAGUUAUAUGCUGCUAGCAGCAAUAAUGGAGACCACUCAGCAAGAUAUAAGACACAGCAGGGGCCCAAGAGGGGGGGCCCCCAGGGGGCCCCCCUUAGCUGCUGCUGCGGGCGGGAGACUUGGGGGCCCCUUCCGCCCCUCGCGAGGGAAGUUAAGGCCCCCAACAGCAACAGCAGCAGCGGGUCCUGGUGCUGCUGCUGCUGGAGGACCUGCAGCAGCAGCAGCAGCAGCAGCAGGUUCUUCUUCUUUUAAACCCCCUUGGAAAGGGCCCAGCGACAGCAGCUGCGUUUAUUUGUCUCCUUCUUCUGCCUCUGCUAGCGAUAACUCAGAUGAAGAUGAGGCCCCAACUAAGAGAGCUAGAGCAUUGCUGCGAGCAACGAAGCAAAGGGGGCCCCUCUUAACCCCUGGGGGCCCCCUUCCGCCUUCAUCGCCCUCAGGGGACCCCCAAGAGGCCCCUGUGGGGGCCCCCCCCAUGGAGGGCCCCCCGUUUCCCCACACGCAAUACGGGAUCCGAUCCCAGCUCGCCUCCCCUGGAGGUGGUGCUGCUGCAGCAUUGCCUCCUUGUCUGACUGGGGGGGCCCCCUCCAGCCCUCCUGGGGGCCCCUUAAAGGGCCCCCAAGUGGGUCUUGCUGCUGCUUCUGCCGACUGGAGCAGCAGCAGCUGGUGGAUGUCGCGUAAAGAUGGUUCAAGAGUCUCUGCUGGGGGGCCCUCUUCGUCUAAUGAGUGGGGGGGGCCCCUAGGGGGCCCCCAAGAUAUUGCAGGGGGGCCCCCCCAGGGCCCCGAUGUUGCUGUUAGGGUACCAAGCCGUUAUGCAUAUCACCAACUAACGGGGGCCCCCUGGAUGGGGAAGGGCCCCUUAAAUGAAAUUAAUGCUGAUGGGGUCUCGUCUCCUCAGGCCCCUCCCUUUGGUUGUUUUGAAGGUGGAGAGCUAGGGACUCUUCUUCAGCGGACCCAUUUGAGUCUUCGUUUUCUCUUAGAGAGGAUUCACAAAGAGCUGCGGCCUGCAGCAGCAGAAGGCAUGCCCUCAGCAGCAUCAGCAGCAGCAGCAGCAGCAGUAUAUCCAUCAACAGCAGCAGCGGUAUAUCCAGCAGCAACAGGAGCAGUAUACCCAGCAGCAGCAGCAGUAUAUCCAGCAGCAGCAGUAUAUCCUUCAGCAGCGGCAGUAUAUCCAUCAGCAGCAGCAACAGCAGCAGCAGUAUACCCAUCUGCUGCAGCAGCAGCAGCAGGAUAUCCAUCUGCAGCAGCAGCAGCAGCAGGAUAUCCACAGGCACCCCCGCCCGUCCCCUUUCCAGUUCCCUGGGGGGCCUUAUCAAUGGAAGCAGCAGCAGCAGCAGGGCCCUCAACUGUCUCUACAGCAUCAGUCUCCUCAGGUAGCGUGAACGAGGAGACCCCGUGUGUGCAGGUGGAAGCCUGCAGCAGCAGCAGUAGCAGCAGCAGCAGCAGCAGCAGCAGCGCGCAGCAAAAAGCCUCUUCUGCUGUUGAAGCCCUUUUCGGGUUCAAGCAGAAAACAACAACGCAGUGUAUGCGAGCAGCACACACUGCAACCCAGACAUCUCAGGCCUUCCUCGUAGAUCUGCUGUACCCUCAGCAGGGGGCCCCCAAGGGGGGGCCCCCACACAAGGCCGUGCUCAGUAGCACCAGCAGCAGCAGCAGCAGCAGCAGCAAACGGACAGAUGCAGACACUUGCGCCUCAGGAGCAGCUCGCAGCAGCAGCAACAACAGCAGCAGCAGCAGCAGCAGCAACGUUGGCUCCCUCAAUACGGGUCAGGGAUCCCCAAAGGGUGGAUUGGGGGCCCCCCUAGAAGGAGACAGCAAAGGAGACGAUGGUACAGCAGAAGAUGAAGCUCCUUCAAUAUCUUUUUGUGAUUUGUUUCGGCAGUCUAUUCAAAGGGAAUUGCAUAAAGAGACAUAUUGCAAAGGGUGCGGAGCAAACGUUGAGUGCACCAUAUCAUCCAAGGACAUCGACGUGCGGGAAGAUGAGGCCCCAGGGUUUGUUCGCUACGACUUGAUAGCUUCCCUCUUUGCUGUGAUGCCAGUGGAGGGGGCCCCGGGGGCCCCCGGGACCCCCUGGGGCCCCCAGGGUUUGGGUGUGGGGCCCCAAGGGGGCCCCUUUGCUCUCAGCCAUGGGGCCCCCAGGGUACGGUCCUUCGCGAAAGCAGCAAACAUGGAUAGGAAAGCUAAGAUGGGAGCAGCAGAUGAUGCAGGAUGCCACCUGGUGUUGCACGUUCGGGUUCCUGCUGCGUACCGCACGCGCGAGAUGGAGGAGAAGCAGCAGGAGAAGCGGAGGCAGCAGCAGCAGCAGAAGCAGCAGCAGGAGCAGCAGCAGGAACAGCAGCAGGAGCAGCAGCAGGACGAGCAGCAGCAGCAGCAACAGCAACAGCAAGGCAGCAGCAAUAGCAGCAGCAGCAGCAGCAGCAAGAGUUGCUGGGUCUCUGUUAAUGACUUUGUUUUGUCUUACUGCCGCCCCAGAGCAGUGCUUGACUUCGUCUCUCCUUGGAAAUUCCCCGUUGUGUUUGCAUUCGCAAGACAGGACACAAACCACGGAGACAACCUCAACCUGGCUCUGUUCAACCCCGGUUUGAACGCCGAGGCUAUGCCGAGCAUGGAGUUGGUAGGAGAGGUGGGGGGUCGGUUGGUGCCGAUCCCUCGGGUACCUGAUGGUGCGGUGUCAGCAGGAGUUUUUCUUUCUGAUGUUAAUCUCUCGCUGCAUCCUCAAGCUCCGAGAGAGCCCGUUACUUUCCAGCCCCUCACCCCCAGCGAGUUGCUGCUGAUGCAGACGGCUCACACUCGCGUUGUUAAGCAUUUAAAAGAACAAGAGAAAGCGCCUAGGGUAUUAAACCCCAGCGAUCUUGCAGCGGAAGGGUUUCUCGUGGGCAUUGAUGCAGAGUUUGUUGCAGAGGUAACAGAGGCAGCAGAAAUCGAUCAAGAUGGGGUUAAAAUUUGUGAGUCCAGGCUGAGUCUGGUGCGAGGCCAGGGGCCAUUAGAGGGGGUUCCCUUUGUUGAUCAUUACGUACAGUUCAGGAAGCCUCCUAAAGACUGCCUGACGCGGUUUUCAGGCCUGCGGCUGGAAGACUUGAGUCUCACAGAGUCCACAGUGUGGCUGUCAACGCGGAAAACUCUGUUGCAGAAACUGCGUUACCUUUUGGAUUCCAAGUGCAUGUAG